ACCAGGGGACAUCGUGGCCGCAGUGUCACUGACGACCCAGGGAACCCACUGCUCCCCGCGAGGCUGGACCGCUUUUCUGGAUUGGGCUUCCCCGCCCUCCCUCCCCCACGUGGGUGGUCUCUCAGGGUGGGGGUUUCUUUAAAUCCGUGCCCUCCUGGUGCGCCUGUUCCCGGGAGGCAGCAGAUCUGUUUGGGGAGACCGGGGUCUAGGGGACGAGCCCAGGGACCUGAAAGCUUGUGCUUCGUGGUGUUUGGGGUCGGAGAUUUCUCCGGAGUGUUGGGCUGAAGGAUUAGCAUGCCUGUGGUGCUCCUUGCUCCGCCUUGGCCUUCCCCAGAGAGGAUUCGGUUCUUCGGCGUCAGAGGUCGGACCCACAGCUGCUCGCCCAGUUCUACUAUGCGGACGAGGAGCUGAACCAGGUGGCCGCCGAGCUGGACAGUCUGGACGGGCGGAAGGACCCGCAACGGUGCACGCUGCUCGUCAGCCAGUUUCGCUCCUGCCAGGACAACGUGCUAAACAUCAUUAACCAGAUCAUGGAUGUGUGCAUCCCCCAGGACCGAGCCCCACGGGAUUUCUGCGUCAAGUUCCCCGAGGAGAUCCGGCAUGACAGCCUGGCGGGCCAGCUGUGGUUUGGGGCCGAGUGCCUGGCCGCCGGCUCCAUCAUCAUGAACCGCGAGCUGGAGAGCAUGGCCAUGCGCCCGCUGGCCAAGGAGCUGACGCGCAGCCUGGAGGACGUGCGGGGCGCCCUCCGCGAUCAGGCGCUGCGGGACCUCAGCACCUACACGGAGAAGAUGAGGGAGGCGCUGAGGCACUUCGACGUCCUGUUUGCUGAGUUCGAGCUGAGCUACGUCUCUGCCAUGGUGCCCGUGAAGUCGCCCAGGGAGUACUACGUGCAGCAGGAGGUCAUUGUGCUGUUCUGCGAGACCGUGGAGAGGGCCCUGGACUUCGGGUACCUGACCCAGGACAUGAUUGACGACUAUGAACCGGCCCUCAUGUUCACCAUCCCCAGGUUGGCCAUCGUGUGUGGCCUCGUGGUCUACGCAGACGGACCCCUGAACUUGGACCGCAAGGCAGAAGACAUGUCUGAGCUGUUCCGGCCCUUCCACACGUUGCUGCGGAAAAUAAGGGAUUUGCUGCAGACCCUGACCGAGGAGGAGCUUCACACGCUGGAAAGGAAUCUCUGCAUUUCCCAAGACGUGGAGUUUCCCAUCCGGGCAGACGCCCACGCGCCCCCAGCCCUGGCGCCAGCCUUUCCCUCACCCCUCCCCGCCGAGGAAAUGCUCUCAGCCAAGGCCAAAAGCCAGGAGGGGGAGCUGGCCUGCUCCAUGCAGUAUGACGACCAGGAGCUAGAGCAACUCAACCGCAUGGUCCACAGGGCCGGGGACGAGAUGUCCUCCCUCCUCUCCCCGCCCAGCGCCUGCCAGUCCCCCGCGCACAGGCCGGGGGCGGAGGGCAGCCCCCGCGGGGAGGCCUCCCCAGGCAGUGCAGGGCUGCGGCCGCGCGGCGACGAGGAGGAAGGAAGGGUGUUCUUCAUGGAUGACGUGGAAGGGGCUGCAGAGGCCCCGGGCAGCCCGGCUGGGUGGGCGGGCAGCGCCAGUGCUGGCCCCCAGGAGAGAGGACAGGGCAGGGGGCGUGGGGAGGCAGGGGCCAGCAGGCCCGCCGAGGCAGAGGAGGGGGACCUGAGCACUAACAACAACGUCCAGGACGACAAGCUGUGGGCGCUGGGCCCCAACUCCUGCAGCUGCCUGGACUCCCAGCCACACCUGGAGGGCUGGGAGGCGGGGGUGGACGCCGCGGGGACGGCGGAGAUGAUCGCCCACCGGACAGGGGGCAUGAAGCUCUCGGCCACCGUCAUCUUCAAUCCCAAGUCGACCCCGGCCGUGGGCGUGGCCGGCACCGCCCCGGAAGCCUCUGGAGAAGGCGCCUCCCCGUCGGAGCCUGCGGCCGAGGGGAUGGACGGUGGCUCCCACAAACUCAGUACUGCGGCCACCAGCUGUCUCCUGAACUCCUGCGUGUGCUGCGGGGGCUGUGGGGGCGGCAGGGAGGACGCCGCUGCCCAGAGUCUGCGGGACAAGUGCGGCCCGGGAAGCGUCAUCAGCGCCUCCUACAUGGGCUCCGCCAAGGCCGGCGCCAAGGGCCCUGCCGAGAGACAGGAGGAGGCCCGACCUGCGCCAGAGGCGUUGCCCACGGACGCCCCGUGCCCCCUGCCCCCAGAGGACGCCCCUACUUCCAACAAGUGCCUGACACACACCCCAGGUCCUCAGCUCGAUGCAGCAGACAGGUCACCUGGAGCGGGCGCCGCCGCCAGUCCGAAAAGGGAGCCUGAGGCUGGACCGCAGGAGGCAGGGCAGCCCUCGACGGCCAGGCUGGAAAGUCAGCAGGGAGAGGAGGCCGAGCAGGAGCCUCAGCGCCUGUCGGGCUCCAGUGGCCCCACGGCCGGUUCAGGUUCCUCAGACAAGGCCGGGCUGGAGACGGUCCCCCUGGCCACAAGAGAGAAGAUCCGGUCCAGGUUCCACGGCAGCCACGACCUGAUCCACCGCCUGUUUGUCUGCAUUUCAGGUGUGGCUGACCAGCUGCAGACCAACUAUGCCAGCGAUCUGAGAAGUAUUCUCAAGACCCUUUUUGAGGUCAUGGCCACCAAACCGGAAGCAGACGACAAGGAAAAGCUAAAGAAGGUCACCCAGAGCCUGCGGAGUGCAGCCUUAGAGGAUUGUGCCCUGUGCCAAGAGACCCUGUCAUCCUCUGAACUGGCAGCCAAGACCCGAGAUGGGGACUUGGAAGAUCCACCAGAGUGGGUCCCCGAUGAGGCUUGCGGCUUCUGCACGGCAUGCAAAGCACCCUUCACUGUUAUCCGCCGGAAGCACCACUGCCGAAGCUGCGGGAAGAUCUUCUGCUCCCGCUGCUCCUCGCACUCGGCCCCGCUGCCCCGCUACGGGCAGGUGAAGCCCGUGCGCGUGUGCACGCACUGCUACAUGUUCCACGUCACACCCUUCUACAGCGACAAGGCGGGCAUCUGACAGGGCACCGGCACUCCCCAAACCUGCCAGGGCCCCAGAGGACUCCCGGGGGCGGUGCUGCUGGCUGCAGGAGGGUCUCCACUGCAUUUCAUUGAGCGGCCGCCACCACUGCAGGAGGCUGCGGGCCGCCCAGGCUUCCAGAACGUCCAGCUCCUCCGUCCCUCCUACCCUGGACUCCCCACCUGUGGGGACCCCCGGCCAGCUGCAGGGGCCAACGGGAGGUCAGCUUCAGGCAGUGGGGAUACCCAGGGCUGCCAGGUGGCUGCCUGGGCAGGGGUGGGCUUUCCUCCCACCUGCCCCCUGCCCCUGCCCCUGCCCUCUGCCCCCCGGCCCCUGUCCCCUGCCCUCUGCCCCCGGCCCCUGGCCUGCUGAGCUGCUCAGCCAUACUAGAAGGCCUACUCAGAGCUGGCUCUUGACCAGCCCAGUGGGACUGCACCUGGGCUGAUGGUGGACAGGUCCAGGAGAAGGGCAGGCCCCGGCGUCCCCACAGGGCUUUCCCAUGCACUGCCCAUUCUCUGUCCCUGCCCCGAGCCCGCAGCUGCCAUCUCAUUCUCCAGCGCUGCCCCUCCCUUGGCCAAACAGCAGGCAUCUUGUGUAUUCUCGGAGGGGGAGAUUCAGACACACGGCCAGGUCCUCUGGGCCGCAGGCGUGCCCCUGCCGGUGUGUGCCCGGCUGCUGACGAGAUGGGGGGCCGGGCAGCUGCCUGCACAGCACUGAGACCCAGUUCCCCAGGUUCUUAGGCCAGGGCCCCCGGGGUCCGAGGACCACCAGAUGUCACCCACCUGCUGCCACUACCCCCUUCCCUCGGACCCCCUCCCGCAGGGACCCUGGCCCACCUCCUCAGACCCCAGAGUGGCCCGGCACCCAGGCGGAGGCCGCCAGGGGGCCCCAGCACGGACACCUCAGGCUUAAAUCUCAGGCUUCACAUUGCAGUGAGGGUUGCAGCUUUAUUUUUAGAGAGACGCUAACUACUGCUUCUUUUAUAAGAAAAUCCAACUACUGCUGAACAGUGGGUACACAUGCACAGAAAUGGCUUCGGGGGGGGAGUAUAUAAUGGAGGGGAUAUUAUGUAUUGAGAUUAUUUUUAUUUUCUAAAUGCUGUAAUUUGAAGCCAUUUCCAUAAAUCUAUUUAAGGAUUGCAGACACUU